AUUCAUGUUGUCUUAAGAUCUCAAAAAGAUAUUUGCUAAAACCAUUUCUGGCCUCUACUUAGACCAGCCAUUGCACAUUGAACCAUAUGUCAAAGCAGGACGCCUCGCCUCCUAGGUAUCGCUAGCAGUUCUAAUGUCGCGCCUGAAAAUCUCUUGUUCUUUUUCUUUGCAGUGGCAAAAAUUGGACCUAUAUGUCCUAUCAGCUUAAUUGCACGAUGUUACGAACAUCAUUUGCCCAGUUCAAGCUCUAUCACAGCACUUGUCAUGAUAUUCAUUACAGUACAUACUUUCUUCUUGGGAAAAAAUAUUCUUCAACUGCUGCACGAGGAGAAUCUCAAACGGAUCCGGAUUUCAUUAAGAACAUUGCUCAAAUGGUUUUGGAGGGCAGGUGGGACAGUUUGUCUAAUACCCAAAUAAGGUCAAGGCUGACUACCCCCAUUGUGAGUGACAUUCUUCUCCAUAUUGGAGAACAUAAUGGAUGGGUAGCCUGGAGAUUCUUCAACUGGGCUGACAAAUUGCCACACUAUCAACAUACGUUGCAUACAUAUUGGAUCAUGAUCCAUAUUCUUACAAAAAUGUAUCACUUUAAAACUGCACAAUCAUUAGUACAAUCCAUUACCUACAAGGAUUUGCUUUCCUCUCCCGCAGUGCUAACUACUCUGGUCAAUGCUCAUAGCAGUUUGGGCAUCAAUUCUGCUGUCUUUUGCAUUGUUAUCAAUUCCUAUGCCCAAUCUGGGAUGACCCAAGACGCAGUGCAGGUAUUUUAUCAAAUGGGUGCUUAUGGAAUCAAUCCAACUAUACAUUGUUGUAAUAUCCUUCUAAGCAGUCUUGUUAAGGCAAACUGUACGGCCAUGGCUUGGAAAAUCCAUAGGGAAAUAGUUCAAAAAGGAAUUGCCCUAAACUCUCGGACUUUCAAUAUAAUGAUCCAUGCCUGCUUGAAACAGGGUAAUUUGCAAAGAGCAGAAGACUUGAUAAAGGAGAUGGAGAAUAAUGGAUUUAGUCCAGAUUUGUAUACGUAUAAUACUAUCAUUUCUCUAGUUUGCAAGAAAGGAAUGAUCUAUGAAGCUUUCAGCAUCCAAGGUACAAUGCUGGAGAAGGGCAUUCAACCAAAUAUUGUAACGUACAAUGCCAUCAUACAUGGUUUUUGCAGAGAAGGAAGGAUGGCAGAAGCAUUGUCAUUUAUGAAUGACAUCACUAACUUGAUUCCUAACCAUGUCACUUACACCACCCUUAUUGAUGGCUAUUGCAGAGUAAACAAUUUGCCAGAGGCAUUGAGAGUGCGAGACAAAAUGAUAGCUGAAGGACUGGUGCCUGGGAUAGUUACAUAUAAUGUCUUCAUCCAUAAGCUAUGUGAAGAAGGAAAAUUACAAGAAGCAAAUGAUAUCUUGAAUGAAAUGGUUGAAAAUGACAUUCAGCCUGAUCAGUUCACAUGCAAUACUAUGAUUAAUUUUUACUGCAAGAGAGGUAAUAUGGAUGAUGCUUGGAAGCUUCGUUACAAGAUGUUGCAAAGUGGGAUAGCUCUUGACAUGUUUACAUAUAAGGCUCUUAUCCUUGGGUUUUGUAAGGCUGGGAAAAUGGAUGACGCAAAGCAGAACCUUUUUGACAUGAUGUAUGGAGGUUUCAUGCCCGAUUCCAGUGUUUACUCUUGGCUAAUCAAUGGGUAUUGUAUGCAACACAAGGAAGAGGAGGUUUUGAAUCUGCCUGAAGAAUUUAUAAAAAGAGGUUUUAGUGAAGAUAUUUCUAUCUACAGUGGCAUUAUUCAAGGACUCUGCAAGCUAGGCAAGUUGAAAAUUGCCCGAAAAGUGUUUAAUAAAAUGUCGGACAGGGGUCUUGUUGGUGAUGACCUUAUAUAUUCAACUCUUAUUUGUGCAUACUCUAGAGCAGGUUGUCAAAAUAAAGCUUCUGAACUUUCCGAAGAAAUGAGUUCAAAAGGUGUUCUUAUCAACCAUAAGACAUUCUAUGCACUUCUUAACUCAACACCAGAGAUGGAUGGAAGGCUUGAAACAUUUUUGAAUGCAAUGGUAGAGAGAGGCCUGGUUGUCAAGAAUGUUGCUAAGAAAGUUGGAAAUAUUCAGCAAUCUAACAGAGUGCCAUAUUAAGGAGACAGAUAAAGACUACAUGGGUAGAGCAAUUUCAAGAAGACUUGGUGACAGGAAAUAUCACCUUCAAAUUUGAUGAAUACAGUAUCCAGCACAACACAACCAGGAAUUUUCAAUUACUGAGAUGAAAGCUUGAAAGGUUACAUACCCGGGGAAGAAAAAGGGGACUAUAAAUGUUCUAGAGUGUCCUUCAAGGACUGCAUAUGAUCUGUUGGGCCUUAGAGGGCUUGGAGGAAUGAAUUUAUAUAAUCUCAUUUGUGUUAUCAGUGAGCAUUGAUUGGAAGUGUAUAUGCAAUUCAUGUUUGCAAGCUACACACAGGUACAAGUUUAAUACUGGAAAGCUUCUUGACUUAAAAAAUGUAUUGUUUAGAAGUGCUUCUGGAUCUAAUUGUGUAUAAACUUUAGCAUCAAUGUUUUGUAUCAUGCUUCAUGGUCCAUCAUUGAGUUUAUCCUCUUUCUGAUGAUGGAUCAUGGAGUGUUCCGAAAUGCUAAAAAUUUCCAUGCAGUUAAAUCCAGAGGCACCUCCAAACAUUAUCAUAGACUGUGGAAAUAUCAUGUCUCUUGCAAUGUAUUUCAAACUGGAUAUGAAUGAAAAUUCUAAAAACUUCAAUUGGAAAAGUAGUUAGAUUCGUAUUAGCCGAUGCAGCAUUAUCACUAUCUUUAAAGGUAAAAGUUAUUCUUGAAGAUAGUCCCAUUAACUGAAACAUCUGCCAAGAUUCUUUCUUUUAAAAUGUUAGUCUUAAUCUAUUCAAUGGACAUGGCUGAAAUUUUGCAGUGAAUUUUUUUAUCCUACAAAAGUAAUUGAUAUUUCUGAAAUAACAUUCUUUAAGUAAAUUUGUAUAGAAAUGAUGAUUAUGCAAGUCAAAAACCAAGACUUUUGGAAAACUGAUGCAAAUUCAAUUAACAGACAAUUUUAAUAUAAAUGAGCACAGAUGGUGUUAGGCCCAGGAGGGGCAGAAUACAAAAAUAAUUUUUGUUCCAUAUCAUGAAAAUAACAUUCUGAAGAAAUGUUUAUAACAUUAUUUUAUAGGCAGAAGAACAGUUGUAACAGCCAUAACUAUCUAAACUGAAAAAUACAUUACAAAUAUGUUAACCCAGAAGAUUAACAUGUUAAGAGAUGGUUCAUAAUUUAUGCACUUCAGAAUACUGUAUUGUAGUCAAGAUCAUUCAUCAUUUGGAUAAAGACGUCCUUAUAUUAAUUAUUUUGGUCAGAAAAUCCUUAAGCUUGGUAUUUUUAAAUAGAGUGAAGAUGAUGAAAAUUGCAACACAGUUUGUAUAGAUAAUUUUGAUCCACAUGAUUAUGAUAUGGAUGCAGGAUAGUUAAGUAUAAUAUUGAUUUAUAAGCUAGAUGAGAAAGGGAAAUGGCAAGACGCAAAUGACCUCUUGAAUGAAAAAGUAGACAAAGGUUUUCAUUCAGAUCACUCCACAUACAAUAGUGUUAUUAAUUUUUACUGUAGGAGAGUUUCUAUGGAUAAUGUUUGGAAGCUUUAUAAUAAGAUGUUGCAGAGUGAGAUAGCUUUCGAUAUUUUUACUUAAAAGUUCUUGUCCAAGAAUUUUGCAAGCCUGGGGAAAUGUAUGAAACAAAGCAGAGCCUGAUUGAAACAAUGGGGUUCACGCCUGAUUCUACUGCCACUCUUGGAUAAGUUAUAGCUAUAAUACGCAAGACAAAGAAGAGGGGAUUUUUAAGCUGAAUGAAAUAUGAAGAAGAGGUAUUCGUGAAGAUGUCUGUUUUCAUAGCAGCAUCUUUGGAGGAUUGUGAAAGAAAGACAAGCUUAAAAUUGCUCAGAAAGCAUUUGAUAGAUGGUGAAGAUGUCGAUGAUAGCCUUAUUCAUGCCACUAUUGUUUAUGUGUGCUGCAGAGCAUGCUAUCAAAGUUUCUGAAAUCUGUAAGAAAUGGGUUUAAAAGGCCAUCUGAUGAAUCAAAAGAUACUCUAUGCCCUAACUAACUCAACUUCAGAGAGAAAAAGAAGGAUUGAGAUUAAAGAUUUAAGGGUUCCACAGCAUAUUUAUUAAUAUCAGACAAAGACUUCUGGAAAACUAUGUACAAGUUUUUUAGUUGGCAAUGUCAAACACCUUGAAAUCUUGCCAUUCAAAAAACUUUGACAGAGUCUCCCCAACAGCCUUUCCAUAGGAUCGAGAUGUUCUCAAACAAAAUGCUAAGAGUGAGGUGUUGGCAGUAAUUUGCCGACAUAUGAAUAAUACUUGGUUAUGUUUAAUUAAUAAAUGGCAAUGUAAUGUUCCGGUAGGGGUUAGUUGGUAGUUGCCAACAGUUGGUAUCUUGGCCAACCACCGGAUGGUAUAUAUAUGUUAUAUUGUAAUGGGAACAGGAUCACUGUUGUUGUAUCCAAUGUUGUAUCCAAUUUACAUGUUGAAAUAAAAGCUAUAUCUUUCUGCCAUAA